GUCCACCAUCGGCCAUCUCUACAACUAAAGUCUACUACCUUUGUUCGAGUGCGGGACUCCACCGGGUGAAGCGGUUUCGUUGAUUUUCGUCACUGGAAAUAAGAACCAUUCUCCAUACAAAACGCGUAAAAUGCAAUUCGAUUUCGCUGGUCACCAACAAUUUGUUUCAGUCGAUCCACUCUUCUAAUUAAGCUCUCCAGGUUCCUUCAAUCGUAUACAAUAGAUCUCCAUAUUUGCCAAAAUGAUGGUCGAAGAUCUAGGAAUCGAAGCUAAAGAAGCAGCAGUUCGUGAGGUUGCAAAGCUGUUGCCGCUUCCCGAACUUUUGUCUUCCAUUUCUUCGAUCAAGGCAGAUUAUGUUAGUCGCCAACAGGCCAAUGAUGCACAACUCAGCACAAUGGUUGCAGAGCAGGUUGAACAAGCACAUGCUGGGCUAGAAGCCCUUUCCCUGUCCCAGAAGACAAUAACCCAGCUACGCAACAAUUUUAUUUCUAUUGAAAAGCUGUGCCAAGAAUGCCAAACACUAAUUGAAAACCAUGAUCAGAUAAAGCUCCUUAGCAAUGCAAGGAACAACUUAAACACAACACUAAAGGAUGUAGAGGGGAUGAUGUCCAUUUCUGUUGAGGCAGCUGAGGCACGGGCUUCCUUGAGUGAUGAUAAAGAACUCAUUAGCACUUAUGAGAGAUUAACAGCUCUAGAUGGAAAAAGGAGGUUUGCAUUAGCAGCAGCAGCGUCUCACAAGGAAGAGGUUGGUAGGCUAAGAGAAUACUUUGAAGAUGUAGAUCGGACCUGGGAAACAUUUGAGAAGACAUUAUGGGCCCAUAUUUCCAACUUCUUCAAACUCGCAAAAGAGAGCCCACAGACAUUGGUUCGAGCAAUGAGGGUAGUUGAAAUGCAAGAGAUCAUUGAUCAACAGGUUGCUGAGGAAGCAGCUGAGGCUGAAGGGGAAGAUGACAUGGCAGCAAUUGCAAAUCCUCGUAGAUCUGACAAAAAAUCAACAAGGCAGAUGGCUUCUUCUAAAAGCUUGACACAACAUAAAUCGAAAAUUCAGGGGAAAGGUUACAAGGAUAAAUGCUAUGAGCACAUUGGGAAAGCAGUUGAAGAACGAUUUAACAAGUUGUUGACAGAGCUUGUUUUUGAGGACCUAAAAGCUGCUUUGGAGGAAGCUCGAAUGAUUGGGGAUGAACUUGGAGAUAUAUACGAUUAUGUGGCUCCUUGUUUUCCUCCAAGAUAUGAAAUUUUCCAGCUCAUGGUUAAUCUUUACACAGAAAGGUUUAUUCAGAUGCUCAGACUGCUUAGUGAUAGGGCAAAUUCACUGUCAAAUAUUGAAAUUUUGAAGGUAACUGGUUGGGUUGUUGAAUACCAAGAAAAUUUGAUCGGGCUUGGAGUUGACGAUUCUUUAGCACAAGUUUGUUCUGAGAGUGGUGCAAUGGAUCCCCUGAUGAACUCAUAUGUUGAACGAAUGCAAGCCACAACACGAAAAUGGUACUUAAAUAUUUUGGAGGCUGACAAGGUACAGCCACCAAAGAAAACAGAAGAUGGGAAGCUAUAUACCCCAGCUGCUGUUGAUUUAUUUAGGAUCUUAGGAGAGCAAGUCCAAAUUGUUCGUGAUAACAGCACAGAUGUCAUGCUCUACCGGAUUGCUUUGUCACUUAUUCAGGUAAUGAUUGAUUUUCAAGCAGCUGAAAGGAAGAGACUAGAAGAACCAGCUUCUGAAAUUGGUUUAGAGCCAUUGUGUGCAAUGAUUAACAAUAACCUCCGCUGUUAUGACCUUGCAAUGGAGCUUAGUAAUAGCACGACAGAAUCUCUUCCACAGAACUAUGCUGAGCAGGUUAAUUUUGAGGACACUUGCAAAGGUUUCCUUGAGGUUGCAAAGGAAGCUGUGCGCCAAACUGUUAGUGUUAUCUUUGAAGAUCCAGGAGUGCAGGAUUUACUGGCUAAGCUUUACCAGAAAGAAUGGUUGGAAGCAAUGGUGACUGAAUAUCUUGUUGCUACAUUUGGUGAUUACUUUACGGAUGUGAAGAUGUACAUUGAAGAAAGAUCAUUCAGGAGGUUUGUUGAAGCCUGUUUGGAGGAAACUGUGGUUGUCUAUGUUGAUCAUCUCCUUACACAGAGGAACUACAUCAAGGAAGAAACUAUUGAACGUAUGAGGCUAGAUGAGGAGCUUAUUACGGAUUUCUUUAGGGAUUUUAUAAAUGUAUCUAAAGUUGAAAAUAGAAUCCAAAUCCUGAGUGACCUAAGAGAGCUUGCUUCAGCUGAAAGCCUGGAUAGCUUCACACUCAUUUACACAAAUAUUCUCGAGCAUCAUCCUGACUGCCCUCCUGAUGUUGUAGAGAAGCUUGUGGGAUUGCGAGAGGGCAUACCACGAAAGGAUGCCAAAGAGGUUGUACAAGAGUGCAAGGAAAUAUAUGAGAACUCACUUGUUGAUGGAAACCCUCCAAAGGCAGGUUUUGUCUUCCCAAGGGUGAAGUCCCUUACUACUACUACUACUCUCAAAGGCUCUAUAUGGAGGAAGCUGACUUAGUGCAUUGGAAAUAAAUGUGACAUUUUUUUCUUGAGCCAUAGGAAACACUACAUAAACUCCCAUUGGAAAUCAUGGUUUCAUUUAUUCAUUUAUUUUUUUCUUGAUGUUUCAAUUAUAUGCUGUUUGUCACAUUCUACUUGGAUAAAUGUAGUACAUUUUGUUUAUAUUGCAUAUAAUAUAUUAUAGUCCCUAUGA